AUGAAAGAAGUACGACAAGUUUCGAUUUCAAAGAAUGACAUCGAAGGCAUAGGAGAUAAAUCCAAUCAAUACUGUGACCAGGAUGGUAUAGCUUCUACUUUAGAUGAAGAUAUCAUUCUCAAUAUUCUUCCUUCGUACCAUAUGUACCAAAAUCAGAUUUCUCGUAAUUUGAUUCCCAGUGCUGAUAAUUUUAGAAUUCGUCCACCAAUUUAUGAAAGAGCAUCUUCUAAUUCUGUUGUAGGAGCUGAAAGUAGCUCUGAAAACGAAUCAGCCUUGUCAGAUCAAGUCUCUCCAAGGGCUGUUGAUUAUGAUACACCAGCUACUCUCUGGGAAGAUUCGGUGCUUGCAAACACACCAAAACUCCGUAGGGUAUUCAAAGAGUCAGAUUCCAUAAAGGAAAGCUUGGAAUUGAAGAUCCAGGUGACUCAAGGUUUAGCUAAAAUUGGUCAAAAGCCAAAAUAUGUGGACCCAUUGUACAAGGAAUUCCACCAGGGUGACUACAUAAAUGGGUAUGUUACCAUUAGGAAUACCACAGAGACUAAUAUUCCCUUCGAAAUUUUUGAUGUGGUUUUCGAUGGGGUGUUGACAUUGGAUGAUGAGCCAGACAAGGAACCCCAUGUAACAAAGUUUUUAAAUAUGCUUGACUUUAACGCUCUGUGGAAUGAUGGCUUCCUUAAUAGAUUGACCACAGAAGACAGGAACCCACACGGCCCUUGCCCGGACGAUGCAUUUGACCGUUUUGAUAACACAAUGACUCAAUUGAGCCCUGAUAAGGUAUUUGAGCCUGGAGUGACUUAUAAGAAGUUUUUCACAUUUAAAAUACCUCAGAAAUUGCUAGAUAGUAUUUGUGUUCCACAUCGCUUAGUGAAACAUCUACAGCUCCCACCUACAUAUGGUACAUCGUCUUACGAAACAGCACAGGGAAAUUACCCUGGAUCCUUAGUUGAGGAUUUUAGUGUUAGUGGCACUUCCAUAAGCUACUCCCUAAGUGCUAGAGUCAUAAGCAAAGCUUCAGAAUACCCUUGGCUAACUACCAAAAAUAAGAAAGAGAAUCCUGAUGAAUAUGUUAUUAUACAAGAAACCAAUUCUUUUUUAAGAUUUAUGCCUUAUAAGAAUAGACUUUUCCGUUUGAAUCAAGAACUGAUAUUAGGAGAGAGUAGAUUGGUGUACAAAAACAUUAUUUGGAAUAUAGAAGAAAAGAUCAAAAAAUGGGAAAACCUGAAAGAAGUGGUAGAUGAAACAGAUAAACCUUCAGAUGAUACUGCCCUUGAACCAUCAACGACUAAAUUACGUCAGCUUUACCCCAAAGUUGAGACUUCCAGCUCUAACAUGUACGAGGUAAUUGCAAACUAUGUGCGGAAAUCUAUCUUAGGAACAAAGACUAUUGGAGUCUUAUCUCUAAGUACGCCUAAAAAGGAAUAUCAAGUUGAUUAUUUUCCAAUUUUGAAGUAUGGAGUCGAUCGGGAAAGUCGACUAGAGGUGCCUUUGGAAAUAAACUUCAUGUACACUGAUAAUCAAACAUUUUCAAAACCUCCAAAUAUCAAAACAGUCAGAGCAGAGUUGGUGGUGUGCACUAUUUCAUCCAAAAAGAAGUUGAAUAUUCCAGUUGUGAUUACACAUGAUAUGCUUUUCGAAAAUAAGUUCGGUACGAAUGAUAACUUUGAAUCAUUAACCAUAGGACGCUUCCAGAAAUAUGCAAUGCGGUUGAAUUCUAUUAUUCAAAAAGUUGGAGUACACAAGUUGGAUUUGGAUCCCAGUUUACUAGAUGAUGUCAAAUGCAUUGCAAAUUUGAAAUGUAACUACGUUAAUUUGCAUGCUGACAAAGCUGUACAAGUACGUGGAAAUAGUGGAGAAAAGCUGCUUGAAUUAAUUUCUUGGAAUACAGAUCGGAGUGCUAAUGAAAUCAAAUAUACCAAGAAAUUUAAUGUGUGCAUAGAUUUCAAAAUGUUUAAACAUAAAGAAGCUUCAGAGUUUAAUCUUGUGCCUGAAUUCCAAAACUGCUCCAUAGCAAGAUUAUAUUACUUGAACCUUAUACUUGACUUGCCCAACGGAAGCAAGUUACAUAUCAAAGUACCCAUUUUAAUUCAGAAAGACGUAGAGUAG